GUCACUGGAACGGAGAGCAGUCCACUCGGUGCUCACCGAACAGCGUUUUUGCAUUUGCUUCUGGAUUUGGCCAAUUAUGCUGUUCACGUGCCCAAACCGGACAUUCGGACCGGAUUUCUGGUUCCUGGGACCGGUCGGUUAGAGACGGUCCCUUUAAACUAUACAGUAUGCGCGGAGAAGUGUUUACAACUCGCAGUGGACGCGUAUUUGGCCUCCAUCAAUUGGUCAACACUGUCCCAUGACGAAAUGCUUCAAGCGGUUGUCGAGACUCUUCACAAGCCAAUGGCCCUCAAAUAUGCCUGUCCCUCUCAAUCGACCUGGAUGUUGGCCUGCAAAUGCUUCCUACAGGUGAUCCCGAGUGCCACGGGUAUUUUGACUCGCGUGGAGGUCAAGCGGAAACCGAGUAAAAAAGCCGCGGAUCAGGGUGGACAAAAACAUCUUGACCUGUGCAGUGCAAUCGCGGAAACUUUUCAAGAUUUCCUUUUCUAUCAACAGUUCACAGAGCUAGUUGACAAUCAACCGCCCUCAUCACUCUCAAUAGAUGAGUUUCAACAACACGAGGAAUUAGAUUGUAAAUUCGUCCGCGUCAUAAGCGACCUGUUCUUAUCCAGUUCGACCGAGCUGCCCGACGGAUUUGUCGGUCGUUUGGUUGACCUGCUCAGUUGGGGCUCAGUUCAGGCCUCUGUGUCGACAUUCCUAGGCCCCGAUGGCCUUCCUGCCGAAUCAGACAGUCUUGUUUCCCUCGGACAGAGUCCCUGUCAAACACCCACCCAGUGGGCCCAUUCAUCACGACGAACUGAUGCGAACUCCGGCUCGUCAACCAAACGAUCUCCGAUGAAGGGUCUGGGAAUGGCUGUUCGGCAAACCACAGAAUCUCUCGCUCCACCAGAUCCACUGACCGACGGAGCGCUCAGUCUAGAUCUGGAUUUAGACCGACUACGGCAAUUUGCAUUCCGCGAAAAUUUUGCCCGACUCUGUUUCAGCACCCUAUUAUGUCACGCAUUCUCAAGUAAUACAGGCCCGGGAUCGGAGAGUGGCUCAGCGAAUCCCGAUCCGACCAAAGUUUCGGUGGUCGUGAGUCGUUGUGCUGUGCGAAGCAUUCUGCAACGUUGUCGUCUCACUUUGAUUCAGUUUUAUCAGGCAGCCUGCCUGACAGGAAAAUGCCCCCUUCCCAGAGCCCGUUUGGCUGAAAUUGCCUACGUGUUCAAAGCGUUGACUGUCAUGCUCACUUCACUUCGAUCGGUCUGUGCCCAACGGGACGUGGACCCAUCCACGUGGCAUCAUGUGAUCGAUCUUUAUCCCCACAUUGUGGACUGUGUACUGGUGACGGGUGGAAGCCAAAUGACCGUUGCGUUGCAUCGUCUCCUACGGCUCUACGGAGACCUAUUGCGUCCGGCUUGUCUGGACUCAGCCAAGGGUCGGGGAAGCGCUAUCAAUGGCAGUUAA